AUGUCGAGGGCUUCGGGCCCAAGUCCGAGCAUGGCGUAUCCGGAGAUGAUUGACGUCCAUGAAUACAAGUCUCGCUCGGAAAUCCCGCAAGCCGACAUUGUGGAUAUGAUGGUGAUGGGGUUGGGCCGCGUUUGGCUGUUAUCGAGGAUUAAGUCUCGAAAGGUGAGAAAAGCUCCCACAAAAUUGGAUAGGGAGACGAGGCCCGAGAUCAUGCAAGUCCAUGUAACGACAUCUCUUUCAGGCAUUUCAUCGAACACUAACCGUGCGUCCAAUUCCGAGCCACAUGCCAAGUGCGCACCGAGCAGAGAAUUUGCCACAAACGAACAUUGA